AUGAAUGACAACGAAUUCGAGAGUAUCUUCCAGGAUAUCAACCAGGCCCUCAGAACCCUCGGGGAGCCUGAUAUGGAUGCUUGGGCUCGUCGAUGUCACUAUAAAGCCAGACGAAUACCCGAACUAGACACUCUGCGAGAUUUCAUUGACGAUGUCAAGCCCUAUCCGGAUAAUGAGGAUUCCACCUCCAACCUAGGCCCGGACCGAAAGGAUUGCCAUCGAGAGCUCGCACGGUCAACUUUUGGCUUUUAA